AUGUCUUUGAUGCCACGUAAAAAUUCAAAUAAUAUGUGUAAACGUACAACCUGUAGUAACUGUAAUAAAGCAACAUGGAUCGGCUGUGGUAGACAUGUUGAAGAAGUUUUAGAUGAUGUUCCUAAAGAUGAAAGAUGCCAAUGCCCUGGAAUUUUCGCUCGAAUCAAAGCUGCUCUUGGGUUUUAA